CUGACCAGUGACACUCAUCAGACGGCCAUGGCUCCUCGAAAGCGUGGGGGAGGCGGCGGUCGCGGUGGUCUCUCCUUCAUCUUCUGCUGUUUUAACGGCAGCGAUCACCCUGAGAUCACCUACAAGCUGCGGGAGGACUUUGCCCUGCAGGCCAUGGAGCCAGCGCUGCCGAUGCCGGGAUACGAUGAGCUGGAUGGCAUGUUCUCUGAGUUGGUGGAUGAACUGGACCUGACUGAGAAACACAGAGAAGCCAUGUUUGCCCUGCCUGCAGAGAAAAAAUGGCAAAUCUACUGCAGCAAGAAGAAGGAACAAGAGGAAAAUAAAAGCGCCACUAGUUGGCCAGAAUAUUAUAUAGACCAGCUCAAUUCAAUGGCUGCUAGAAAGACACUCCUUGCUCUGGAAAAGGAAGAUGAGGAAGAAAGGAACAAAACCAUAGAGAGCUUGAAGACAGCUCUCAGGACCCAGCCUAUGAGGUUUGUGACUCGUUUUAUUGAUCUGGACGGCCUAACAUGUAUCCUGAACUUCCUGAAAAGUAUGGACUACGACACCACCGAGUCACAGAUCCACACAUCUCUGAUUGGUUGCAUCAAAGCUCUGAUGAACAACUCCCAGGGCCGCGCCCACGUCCUCUCUCACACGGAGAGCAUCAACAUCAUCGCUCAGAGCCUGGCCACAGAAAAUAUUAAGACUAAGGUGGCAGUUCUGGAAAUAAUGGGUGCUGUGUGUCUGGUGCCUGGUGGGCACAAAAAAAUCCUGGAGUCCAUGUUGCACUACCAGCGUUUUGCCUGUGAAAGGACACGCUUCCAGACGCUUAUAAAUGACCUGGACCGAAGUACAGGGCGAUACAGAGAUGAGGUCAACCUGAAAACAGCGAUCAUGUCCUUUAUUAAUGCUGUGCUGAGUCAAGGAGCUGGAGAGACCAGUCUGGAAUUCCGCAUCCACCUCCGAUAUGAGUUCCUCAUGCUGGGGAUCCAACCUGUGAUCGACAAGCUUCGUUCACAUGAAAACUCCACAUUAGACAGACAUUUAGACUACUUUGAGAUGCUGCGGAACGAAGAUGAGCUGGCUUUGUCCAAGCGCUUUGAGUCGGUACAUAUAGAUACCAAAAGUGCCACUCAGGUUUUCGAUCUCAUCCGGAAGAAGCUGAACCACAACGAUGCAUAUCCGCACUUUAUGUCCGUGCUGCAUCACUGUCUGCUCAUGCCACACAAGAGAAGUGGGAACACAGUACAGUACUGGCUGCUGUUGGACCGCAUCGUUCAGCAGAUGGUCUUACAGAACGAUAAGGGUCAUGACCCAGACGCCGCACCACUGGAGAACUUUAACGUGAAGAACGUUGUGAGAAUGCUGGUCAAUGAAAACGAGGUCAAACAGUGGAAGGAGCAGGCAGAAAAAAUGAGGAAAGAACACCAUGAGCUGCAGCAAAGGUUUGACAAGAAGGAACGUGAAUGUGAUGCCAAGACGCAGGAGAAAGAAGACAUGAUGCAGACGCUCAACAAAAUGAAAGAGAAGCUGGAAAAAGAGAGCAACGAGCACAAAAAUGUCAAACAGCAAGUGGCUGAACUCACCACACGACUGCAUGAACUCAGCACCUAUUUAAAACUUCAAAUCUGUCUCCGCAGAGGCAGGCCACAGCAGUCGUUCCUGGUGGCCCCCCCCCUCACCCCCGGACCCCCUGGCGGUCCCCUGCCUCCUCCGCCAAUGCCAGCAUUUGCAGGCAUGUGUCCACCUCCUCCACCACCUCCUGGUGGUAUAAUGCCACCUCCCCCUCCACCACCACCACCACCAGGUGGCCCUCCACCACCUCCAGGACGCCCACCUCUCGGAGGCAUCCCUCCUCCACCAGGAGCACCCCUGGGACCAUCUCUGAAGAAGAAGAACAUUCCUCAGCCAUCCAAUGCACUCAAGUCCUUUAACUGGUCCAAACUGGCUGAGAACAAGCUGGAGGGAACUGUCUGGAUGGAUGUGGAUGAUGCCAAGGUUUUUAAAAUCCUGGAUCUGGAGGAUAUUGAAAAGACGUUCUCAGCCUAUCAGAGACAGCAGGACUUCUUAAUGAUCAAUAACAGCAAACAGAAAGAGGCAGAAGAUGACAUGUUAGGGUCUAAAAAAGUCAAGGAGCUGUCGGUUAUCGAUGGCCGCAGGGCUCAAAACUGCAACAUCCUGCUUUCACGACUGAAGCUUUCGAAUGAGGAGAUCAAGAGAGCGUUUCUAACUAUGGACGAGCAUGAGGAUCUCCCCAAAGACAUGCUGGAGCAGCUGCUGAAAUUUGUUCCAGAGAAGAGCGAUGUGGAUCUCCUGGAGGAGCACAAACACGAGCUCGAUCGAAUGGCCAAGGCUGACCGCUUCCUCUAUGAGAUGAGCAGAAUAAACCACUACCAGCAGAGACUGCAGUCUCUAUACUUCAAAAAGAAGUUUGCAGAGAGGAUAGCUGAGAUCAAACCCAAGGUUGAAGCUCUGACUAAGGCGUCCAAGGAGAUUUUACACAGUAAAAACCUGAAGCAGCUUUUGGAGGUGGUGCUGGCCUUUGGAAACUACAUGAACAAGGGUCAGAGGGGCAAUGCUUACGGCUUCAAGGUCUCCUCCCUCAACAAGAUCGCAGAUACCAAAUCCAGUAUUGACAAAAACAUCACCCUGCUGCACUACUUGAUCACCAUCCUGGAGAAGAAAUAUCCCAAAGUCCUGAUGUUCCAGGAGGACCUGAAGACUAUUUCAGAGGCAGCCAAAGUCAACAUGACGGAGCUGGAAAAAGACAUCGGCAACCUGCGCAGCGGUUUGAAAAGUGUCGAGAGCGAGCUGGAACACCAGUCAAAACGCCUCCAGGAGCCAGGUGACAAGUUUGUGUCUGUGGUGAGCCAGUUUAUCACCGUGGCCAGCUUCAGCUUCUCCGACGUGGAGGACUCUCUCACAGAGGCCAAAGAGCUGUUCCUGAGGGCAGUGAAGCACUUUGGUGAAGACGCCAGUAGGAUGCAACCAGACGAGUUCUUUGGUAUCUUUGACCAGUUCCUGCAGUCCUUCACAGAGGCCCAGCAGGAAAACGAGAACAUAAGAAAACGCAAAGAGGAAGAGGAGCGCAGGGCCAAAAUGGAAGCUCAACUGAAAGAGCAGAGGGAGAAAGAGCGCAAGGCCCGGAAAGCAAAGGCGAAUGGAGAGGACGACGGGGGGGAGUUCGAUGAUCUGGUGUCAGCGCUGCGAUCGGGCGAGGUCUUCGACAAGGACUUGUCCAAGAUGAAGCGUAACCGCAAGAGGAUCAACAGCCAGAACACAGAAGCGAGCAGAGAGCGGCCGGUCACAAAGCUCAACUUUUAG